UUAGCUCUCUGGUGAUGCGCUUGAGACCUGACAACCUCGUUAACUUUUUAGUGUGUACGUCACUUGCCCACGUCUUGAGACCAGUGAGACGACCUCCUAGAAUCAUAUCUAUAGGAGUACUUUGUCUCUGGCUCUAUCAGUUAUAGGCCACGGAAGUCUCCCAGACAUACAGACCGCACACACACACAUACACAGGCAGGGUGCAUCCACUUUCCUCAACCUCCACCGCCACCCUUCAUCACUGUUUUGAUCUGCCUAAACACGACCAUUGACCAUGACAUCCUCAUUACCCUAUGCGGCCGACGUUGAGAGUCCACUGAAGCCAGAUGAACUCCAAGUUCUACGAGCGCAAUUCGAAAAAGAAGGAGAAUACGUUGGACUACAAACAAAGUUUAACUAUGCUUGGGGUCUCAUAAAAUCGAAUCAUCGCGCGGAGCAGCAAGAAGGUGUUCGCCUACUUUCCGAAAUCUUCCGCAACUCCCGUGAACGGCGGCGAGAGUGCCUCUACUAUCUUGCACUGGGCAAUUACAAGCUAGGGAAUUACGCUGAAGCACGGCGGUACAACGAAUUGCUCUUGGAGUUGGAGCCUGCGAACUUGCAAGCAGGAAGCCUGAAGAAUCUCAUUGACGAGAAGGUCGCAAAGGAGGGCUUGGUGGGCGUGGCGAUUGUGGGCGGCCUGGCAGUUGCAGCUGGUAUCGUGGGUAGUAUCCUUUUCAAAGGUGCAAGAAGGAGGUAAGAAGAAGGCACGGCUUUGUGGAGAGUGUUUUACAACAGGAGAUUUCAUCUUAUGUUGCAUGGAAUGGCGAUGCGAAAUGCUUUCCUGUAAUGAUGUGAAGGUAUGGGUUUGUGCAAAGGCGUCACAUGGUGUGUAUAUAUUGCUGGCAUGUAUUGACUCGAAGUCUUCCACUCCACCAGCUCUGUCUGUACGUUUGUAUUCGAGCUCCCGCGACGAGCCAGUGCUGAAGACCAUAAGUAUCUGAAUGCGGGUGGGUGUUGUGACUGUAUCCUCCCAAUCAUGUGGCGGGGUCUCAUAAUUGGCCUAGUCAGAAGACAGGCAAACAGCAUGCCACUUUGCUCGUUACUGCUUUAUUUC